UCUGGAGUCAAAUUUGGCGCCGCUCCCCUGCUGCCCUCUGCUGCCUGUCUGCCGCACACACCACCCAGGGAGGACGACGCAGCUGCCAUAUUGUGUAGCAGAAACCUCGGCGAUCAAGUAAAUUAAAAUGGGACGGAAGAAGAAGAAGCAGACGAAGCCCUGGUGCUGGUAUUGCAACCGUGAGUUUGAUGAUGAGAAGAUCUUAAUACAGCACCAAAAGGCAAAACACUUCAAAUGUCACAUAUGUCACAAGAAGCUUUACACUGGCCCAGGCUUAUCCAUCCAUUGCAUGCAGGUACACAAGGAAACCAUAGACAAAGUGCCCAAUGCCCUGCCCAAUCGUAACAACAUUGAAAUAGAAAUUUAUGGGAUGGAGGGCAUCCCUGAGGAGGACCUCAAGGAACAUGAGCGGCAGCGUGCUGGCAGGAUGGGCAGUAGCAACAGGCGGCAGGAAGAAGAGGACGAUGAAGACUCACAGUCAAGUCUGCCAGGCCAGUCCAAUCCUCCCCCCCCAGCAGUGCCUUCCCAGGGUCCUCCAGGACCCAUGGGACCAAUGAUGGGGCCAAAUGGCCCAAUGAUGCCAAUGAUGGGGCCUAUGGGGCCUAUGGGUCCUAUGCCUCCUUACAUGGGUGGACAUGGAAUGAUGGCUGGCCACAUGGGCCACUUAGGUCCCAUGCCCCCACCAGGAGCUCCCCCAGGAACCACACCUCCCAACACUCAGCCACCCAACAAACCACUCUUCCCUUCAGCUGUCCAGCAGCAAACAACGGCUGGCAACUCUCAGAUUGGCCCCAUUAAGCCAGCGUUCCCAGCAUACAGUCAAGCCAAUGGCCAGUCUACCCCCAACGCUCAGCCCUCCAAUACUCCCAGCGGACCACCUGACAAAGGAGAGACCAAAAAGCCAGCUCUCAUAACCACAGUGUCUGCAAAUUCUCGUAUCAUACAUCCAGAGGAGGAUAUUUCUCUGGAAGAGAAGCGGGCAGGUAUGCCUCGAUACCAGCAGGCACCCCGAGCCUCCCCACAAAGGGCUCGGGCGCCUGCUCCUGCUCCCCCCCCCCAGCGCGUGGAGUCUCCACCCGUGAGUACUGCACCUUCACGCCUCUCUCAACUUGUGCCUGCCUGCCUGGACCAUUUCUACCCACCGGCGAUGUGUUUAGACACACAGGAGGAACGUCGCAUGAAGAUGGCCCGCUACAGUCAGGCAAGUGCCGCUGCUGCAGCGAUGGCCAUGGGUGGAGUGCUGACCCAUCCAGGUGGGGUGCGGCCCACCCACCCUGGAGUGGUGGUGGAGGCUCCCCCCAUGGUGUCUACUAUAGUGCCCACCAUGGUGACCACCAUGUCACCAGCCAUGGUGCACACAGGACACAUGGCCAUACCUGUGUCACUGCCCACAAUUAUGCGGCCGAACAUGCAACCAAUAAUGACGCCUCAGCCAAUGGUGUCAGCUGCCGUGCCUACGGUUUCUGCCAUGCCUGGAGGCAUGCCCCCCCUCCCCAUUGGAGGUAUGAGACCACCCAUAGGUCUGCCACAAGUUCUUGACUCGGAAGAAUGGUGGAGGCAUCUGGCAUCCAUACACACUCCCAUUCGUCUCAGCGCGGGGCCUACCGAAGGCCACAGAUCAUUUUCCACUCUUGUUCGGAACACAUCUGGCAUGGCUCGUGAUGCGUCAAGCAGUUCCUCUGCUCCGGGCGGAAGUAGAGCGUGGGCGAAUCAAGCGCUGCCCGGCCAUGGGCAAAUGGCUCCAGGGAUUGCCGGUCCACCAAUGAUGGGCGCCCCUAUGAUGGGUGGACACAUGAUCCCUCGCUUCAGGUGACCACCUGGUCCUGGUAUGUAACCAGCAGGUAGGAGCUACAGGAUGGGCAGCAGCAGCAGUGGCAGAAGCAGCAGCAGCAGUAGUAGCAGCAGCAGCAGAAGCAGCAGCAGCAGCAGCAGGCCGAUGCUGGUGAGGCAACACACGCAUGCCCUCGUCAUGACUGAUAGCCUCCUCACCGACCCUCCCUCGCUCGCUCGCUAAGCACACUAGCGCAGUCAGUCACUAAGUUGGCCUGUGUGGCAAACCAACACACAUCUGGGACAACCCAAGAUAAGUCUGCUGUCCUCAUGCAUUGCAAUAGGCAAGAACCUUCAAACACCACUCAGGCUAAGCAAUGUCCACAUUUAGGAAAAAAGAUGAUGUAGGAAAUAGUCGCAUCCACCUAAUAGGUCUAUAUAUGCUUUGAGUGAUCGUCUUUGUGUGGAUUUAAUUUUGAUUUGCAGUAAUGAUAUGAAGUUAUCAUUGGUCCCUAACACUGUUGGUUUUCCAUCACAGUUGGGUUAGUCCUGUGUGGACAAGCUAACACUGCAUCAUUCUGCAGCAAGCAUCUUUUAUCAUCUGUUAUUGACUUCUUUGUCUCCCAUCAUUGCUCUUUUAUCAGUGUUAAAAUGUUUACCCACAAGACUGUCGUUUGUGUGCCGCCCACGUGGAACUUGUGUUUGAGCAAGUGGUGCCUGUAUAGUUGCUCCUGUAUACGUGCUUUUUGGGACCCACACUUGACUGUAUGUAUCUUUGCCCUGAUCCAGCUCAAGUGUGCAGGAACAGUCUCCCAGGUGCCACAUCUGUGCCUCCUAAUUUCCUUCAUCUGCUUCAAAUAAAUCACAGUUAUCAAAAUUGUUGGGAACUUAACAUGGGGAUUGAUUCCUGUGUGGAUGUGGCUUGUGGAGUGAAAUUCUGGUGCUUACUUGGGCCCGGAUGGAGGUGUGAACUCAACUUUCCUCUUGAGCGUGGGAGCACUUGUAUCAUAGUGUUUUAGGUUCCAUCAUUCUUUUCAGUGACAAAUGUGUAUUGUGAAAUUUCUCUUAAGGUAAGAAACUGUUUAGUUGAUAAGGUAAGAAAGUGUUUAGUAUAGAGAUGAAGUAGUUCUUGACUGAAGCACUGUUGGAAAUUUUCGUACCAAUACAGAUGUUUACAGCAGGUUAGUCCAUUUACAUAAUUUUUGGCCAGUUGUACAAAUAACUUUGUAAAUUGUUGAAAGGGGGAUCCCAUUAGCACCCGUAAGUACAUUUUUUUGUAUUUAUUAUUGUCACAUUAUUUACUGCCUGGAGAACUAGCAGACUCCAGUGAUCAGCUUUGUUAAAUUACUAUAUCCUAUUUACUGUAUGUUGUGAAAUAAAUACAGAUUAAGUUG